AUGUUUCAAUUAAGGUAUCUGGACAUAUUGUUGGCCUUCCCUUUAAAUAUUUCUUCUUUGGCCUUUUAAUAGGUAAUAUUCAUUCCAAUAUGAAGAUUGAUGCCAGAAAAUAUCAUAUAUAUUUGAACAGGACUCUUAAUUUAAUAACAUAAUAAUUUUUCCACUAGUUCUUAAGUAAAUUAUUAAAAAUACUAAUUUUUAAGGCUCUAUUGUCUCUGUACAAAAAAUCUUAUUUAUUAAUUAUGAAGAAUAGGGAGUUUAAAACUAUAUCGGAAUUUUUAUUUCAAGCAAUUCUUUUAUUUUUACUAUAAGACUAGAAAUUGAGAUUUAUGAAAGAAUUUUUUUGA